AUGUCAUCAUCAUCUGAUGAAAGUUCAUCAGUUGACAAUCAUCAUCAUCAUAAUAAUAAUAAAUUUCGCGCUUCAAAAAAAACACAGGCAAUUAAAACAACUGAUCAAUUGUCCAAUAUUCCCUUGACUGAAGAAAACAAACCACCAAUUCAACGUGAUCAAUGGAAAGGAAAAAUUGAUUUUUUGAUUGCAUGUUUAGGAUUUUCUAUUGGACUUGGUAAUGUAUGGCGAUUUCCAUAUUUAUGUUAUAAAAAUGGUGGAGGUGCUUUCCUCAUCCCGUAUUUCAUCAGUGUAUUCUUAGCUGGCAUACCAUUAUUUCUAUUAGAAGUAACUGUUGGACAAGUAACACGUCGUGGAGUGAUUGCUGCAUGGAAUAUAUGCCCACUUUUUCAAGGUAUCGGAUAUGCAUGUACACUGAUUAAUUUCUUUCUCAAUUGCUACUACACUGUCAUAUUGGCAUGGGCAUUUCAUUUUAUAUUCUCAUCAUUUACAAGUGAAUUACCAUGGACUAAAUGUAAUCAAUCAUGGAAUACACCAGCAUGUCGUGUUUUCACUAAUCAACCAAUCCCAAUCAAUUCUAAUCAUCUAAAUGAAACCAGUAUGCAGAUUAAUAAUAAUAAUCAAAGCUUGUUGACAGUAGAUGCAACUACUGAAUAUUGGGAACAUCGUGUACUGCGUAUUUCCGAUGGGAUACAUAAUAUUGGAACAAUACAAUGGGAUUUAGCAUUGUGUCUUCUAUUAGCUUGGAUUAUUAUCUAUUUAUGCAUUUGGAAAGGCAUUAAAACGUCAACAAAAAUUAUGUACGUGACUGCAUUGUUACCUUACGUAUUCAUGAUUAGUUUAUUGAUACGUACUGCUUUACUUGACGGGGCAGCGAAUGGAUUAAUUCAAUAUUUGAAACCUGAUUGGUCAAAAUUAACCGAUAUGACAGUUUGGUCAGAUGCAGGAACUCAAAUAUUUUUUAGUUAUAGUAUUGGUUUAGGUGUUUUAACAGCAUUUGGCAGUUACAAUAAAUUUCAUCACAAUUCAUUGAGAGAUUGUUGUCUAUUUGCUUUGGCUAAUACAUGUACAAGUCUGUUGUCUGGUUGUGUGAUAUUUUCUACACUUGGUUAUAUGUCUUACAUAUCGAAUAUACCAUUGAAUCAAAUUGCGGAAUCUGGUCCAGGUCUUGGGUUUGUUGUUUAUCCAAAAGCAAUUGGUACUAUGCCAGGUAGUUCAUUCUGGUCUGUAUGUUUCUUUAUCAUGAUUAUUCUAUUGGGUAUUGAUAGUAUGUUCGCUGGUGUUGAAGGUUUUAUUGCAUCUGCCGGAGAUUAUUUUCCUCAUGCUUUAACAAACACACGAUUUCGUUGUGUAUUUGUUGGUAGUGUAUGUGUUACUUCAUUUUUAGUUGGUUUAUCAAUGGUUACUAAUGGUGGAAUGUACGUAUUUCAAUUACUUGACUAUUACAGUGGAAGUCGCAUCAUAUUGAUUGUCGGAUUGUUAGAAUCCAUAGUUAUUGGCUAUAUUUAUGGUUAUAAACGUAUUUCAAAUGAUAUGGAAAUAAUGUAUGGCUUCUCAUUAAAAUGGAUGACAUGCUUAUUUUGGUGCAUAAUAACACCAAUAUUUACUUUGGCUCUUUUCAUUAUCAGCGUGAUUGUCUAUGAAGAAUUGACGUAUAGACGUGCAUCAUUGCCGGAACCGUAUCGAUUUCCUCGAUGGGCUGUAAAAGUUGGAUGGUGUAUAGCUAGUUCUAGUGUAUUGUUAAUACCAUUGGUAAUGAUUAUUAAAAUUUGCAAAACAUCAGGAACAUUUGUACAGAGAAUAAAAACUCUGUGCAUUCCGAAUUUCGAGAAUAGUGAUCAGCUAAAAGAAAUUUCAAAAUUCAGUGUGAUUACUUCAACUGGAACUUUGUACAAUCCAACUGACAAGACACAGUCUAAUUUACCAUCACCAUUAUUCACUAUUAAUUAUUCUCAAUGAUAACAGCUAAUUUAUAAACUAAUUUAACG